AAACACUCUUCGUCUACGGUGGACAUCAACUAUUGACAUGGCGCCCUCUGGACGUAUAUUUCUCUUCAUCGUGCUCGUACUGGUGAUACACCUGACCGAACCAAAGGAUGGUUACAGUGCAUUUGCCCGAUCAAGAAGUCGGCGGUCAUCAACGAGACGGACGACAUACUACCGUUCCCACACCACCUAUAGCUAUACUGGCUACGGCAGUUCUGGCGGAUACGGCACAGGCCUGACCUGGUGGCAGAUUUGCCUCAUCAUAGGUGGCAUCCUCUUUGGCUUUCUCGUCUUGUACUGCAGCAUCCGAGCCUGCAGGCGGCUGGAACCAGAGUCGGACACGCCGGGCAUCCACACCACACGGGACCAGAUCCAGCUGCGAGACCACCAGAUCAUCCAGCACUCCCCAACUACCAACUACCAACCAAUUCCCUGCUCGGACGGCCGCGAAAUCCCGCCCCCACCGGUCAUCAUGCACAAUCAGCCCGCCCCGGCCCCGUACGGAGUACAGCCGCAGCUGCAGCAGCUGCCGGGGCCGAUGGCAACAGCGCCCCCACCGUGCUACGACGACGCGCUGGAUAUCGCCGAGGAGCCGAUCGCUGAGGGCGCUGUCGAUCGGUGGGAAGACCAGCCCGAGGUCAACAGAAAAGACUUUGGAGUGAUCUAAUCAUUCUGGACACGCUUCAGACUGUAGAAUAGUACUAGAUUCACCAUCAGUGUUUAUCAGUACUCAAAGGAAUUGAACAAGUUAUAUCCUAUGGGCCUUGUGCACGGGUUUGCCAUUUUUGUCGACUUCCCUGAAUGUAUUUCAUAAAUUUUUAACUGUUGAAUAAGAAGGCGCCAGACUAUUUAUGC